AUGGUGGACGGCCUUGCGUACUGUGUCCAGCGUCGAGCCGCGGCGGAUGCUCCCGCAAGGGCCGUCAUACGAGAUGGUACACCAUCUGUCGACACCAUGAACGAGCUCGAUAACAACAUGUCUGUCAACUCGGAGUGCCUCUAUGACGCCGAGUUCGCCAACGGGCUGCAUCUGUCGGUCGUCCUUCUGAUCUGCUUUGGGAUCCAGAAGGAUGAUCAGGGACACGUCUAUACCCUCCAGAAAUUCAAUUGCUAUUUCUUCGCACGGACGAUGAUGUUAGCAAUGACUCGACAUGCCGUAAUGGAGUCAGCGCACCAGCAUUCGGCCGACACAGUAUUGGUGCGUGCUGCUUUAUCAGGGGAUGAGGAGAAGGAGACGGACCAGUCGCCACAAGACGCGGAGUUGAUGACUGCAGAAAUCGCUCCGAACGAAGCUAUGGAAGGAUAUAUUCGAUGGUGGAGUACGGCUCGACGUACACGCGGCACUUGGAAGGUCACUCUGGCGAGCGCACGCCCAAUGGACAGUGUCAACCGCCGUAACGGAUGUGGUGCGUGA